ANUACAUCAGUUGAUGUUGAUCUCAGAAUUUUAGUGGUAAAUUACCUUGGACAUGUUACUCUUACAAAAGCUUUAUUGCCAUCUCUGAUAAAGCAAAAUAAUGGACACAUCAUUGCCAUUAGCAGUAUCCAAGGGAAAAUAGCUAUUCCUUUCCGUUCAGCAUAUUCUGCUUCAAAACAUGCACUCCAAGCAUUUUUUGAUGUACUCAGAUCAGAACUUGGUGAAACCAACAUACAUGUUUGUAUUGUUAGCCCAGGUUACAUUAAAACUAACUUAUCCAUAAAUGCCCUCACUGAUACUGGAUCAACUUAUGGAGUUAUGGAUAAAACUACAAGUACAGGAAUGGAUCCAAAUGUUGUUGCAGAUGCCAUUAUAGAUGCAGUGCUACUUAGAAAAAAUGAAUUAAUUCUCUCAUCACUAUUACCUCAAUUAGCACUACUGAUAAGAAUAAUGUGGCCAUCAUUGUACUUUUACUUGAUGCAAAAGAGAGCAUAUCGCCUUCGUAAUGAAAAGAAAUUUGACUAGAAUAGUGAUUUCUUGCAAAUAAAGCCACUCCACCUUUGGUUAGAAAAAAGUAAAAAAAUAAAAUAUGGGGCCAUUUGUUCUAUGAAUAAGGAAUUAUUAAUCAUAAUGGUUAUGUUAAAAUAAAACUGUGUUGUUGUUAAUAAUGAUUUCACUAUAUAUUCACCAUUGUAAU